CGGAGCCGGUACCUGCGCGGGAGGACGCCGUCGGUCGCUCUGGUGCUGGAGAGAGGGGUGUGAUCCUAGACCAAGCACGGGAAGAGCCAGAAUGCCACAAGCAAGAAUGCGCAUGAGGCCUUGGCUGGAAUUGCAGAUUAAUUCAAAUGAAAUUCCUGGACUUUCUUGGAUCAAUAAGGAAGAAAAGUUGUUCCAGAUCCCUUGGAAACAUGCAGCUAAGCAUGGGUGGGAACUAGAAAAAGAUGCCUGUCUUUUCAAAAACUGGGCCAUUCAUACUGGGAGAUACAAAGAAGGUGAUGUACAGCCUGACCCAAAAACAUGGAAGGCAAAUUUCCGUUGUGCCAUGAAUUCCUUGCCUGACAUUCAAGAGGUGAAGGAUCAGAGCAUUAGCAAAGGUUCCAGUGCUAUCCGAGUCUAUAGGAUGCUGAAGCCCUCAGUGAAAUCACAGAGAAAAGCAGAAAAAAAGUCAAAGUCUCUAAAAAACAAGAGCCCAAGAAAGUCACUGGACGAUAUCAAGGCAGAAGAGACAGCUGAAGCAACAAACAGCAUUCAGUUACCCGAUGACCAUAGCGGCUACGUGCUUAACAGCUACCCAGCAGAGGAAAUGGAAGUGGGGAGCACGUUAGGUCUUUCCACAUGUGAGUUAAACAAUUCUGACUUCAGGAAUUGCCAACUGGAGGAAUUGCCCACCAUUCAGGUGCCUGACAGCACAAAUGAUGUAUAUGACAUAUACCAACUUCAAGUUUCACCCAUCACUUCCUCUUCUGAUGAUGAGGAUAACUUUAAUUCUCCACUUUACCAGCAAAUCCUUAACAGCUCUGAUUGGCAUCAAAACUGCAUUGGCGGAAAAGGGUUUCUAAUAAAUGAAGCUGGAAUGCAAAAUCUCUGCUUUGACUUGACCUUUCAAGAACAAGAUACUGCCUUUGAUUCAACAAACAUGGAAGUAAUUCCACUUGACUCAAAGCCCAGCCUGGAAUUCUCUUUGUUGGAGUCCCUACGACCGACCAGUUUGCCACCUAUACCUUGUGGCAUGUAAACCUUUUUAUCACUAGGCUUGUACUGCUUUAUUUUGGAUGUCAUACGCAUAACUGGCACAUUGAUCAGUUGUUGACACUCUUCAAGUUUAGAAUCGAAAAGUCCAAGCCAUGUGUGCAUAUGUGUGUAGGAAUAUCUUUGUGAUAAAACUGCACUUCAUGUGCCUAACUACAUUAUGAGCCAGUUAAGGCGUGUUUGCUGCUUUUCCCCCCUGUUCAUCCAUUAGUAGGACCAGACAUAAAUAAUUUUAAACAUGGAGAAAAUAAAAACAGAAGCUUUGUACUGUUGGUAAAUUGACAUACAUUUUAAGCCCAUCCAGAGUGUAGCUUAACAUUACCCAUUGGAAAAUUGGUGAAGCACUUUGUGAAUUCUAGUUUAACUAUUUGUCUCUGAGCAUUCAACCAGAUAUUUCUUGGUUACCAACUGUUUAGCAUAAGAAACUGUGAAAAUCAGAUACGUUCUUUGUUCUGUAUAUUAAUUCUUCAGAAUUUUAUUUAUAAGGCAUUCCACUGGUUACUUUGGACAUAUUUUAGAUUAUUGCCACAUGACAUUUUUUCCAGUGAAAAUAUGCAUUAAAGCUGGUUGGUGAACAUAUGGAUUAUUUGCAUUGUGCUUUUCAAAAUAUCAACUGAAUAGGUAUUGUGGAGAGUCUAAAAAAUGCAUAAUAGGGUUAUACCAACUAAACCACAAAAUAAAAAAAAAAGGAUUUGGCAAAGUGUCAGACUACUAGGCUUCAAUUUAAAUUCUUGUACAUUCUUUUCCUUGUACAUACGUUUUUGUAUAUAAAAUUUACAAUUAUUUUAAUAAAAGAUUAUAUUAUAUA